CCAUGUUGUGUUUCCGCGGCCCGGAGGGACGUCCGGUGGUAAAGAGCCGAUGACAGAGCCGCCCGCUGGGCCGCUGCCUGCCGGACCUCAGCAGGAAGCCAUGAGCCGCCCGUCCUCAGCCGGGGGAGGAGCACUGGGAGCCGCUAAAGCAGGAGGGGGGAAGCACGGAGGCUCCGGAGGCGCCGGUUCUGCCGCCGCCGCUGCAGCCGCGGCUGCUGCUGCUGCGGCGGCGGCGGCUGCCGGUGUGGGCUCCGUCACCGGGUCUGUCGCUCCGUCCUCCGCCGUCACGCUGCCCCUGGCAGUGGGUCUGGCCGGGCAGCCCCCGGAGCUGACGGCCCUGUUCGAGUGCCCGGUGUGCUUCGACUACGUGCUGCCGCCCAUCCUGCAGUGCCAGGCGGGUCACCUGGUCUGCAACCAGUGCCGCCAGAAGCUGAGCUGCUGCCCGACCUGCCGCGGCCCGCUCAGCCCCAGCAUCCGCAACCUGGCCAUGGAGAAGGUGGCCUCCACGCUGCCCUUCCCCUGCAAGUACUCGUCCGCCGGCUGCCUGCUGUCGCUGCACCACAGCGAGAAGCCCGAACACGAGGAGGUGUGCGAGUUCCGGCCCUACACCUGUCCCUGUCCCGGCGCCACCUGCAAGUGGGCCGGCCCGCUGGAGGCCGUCAUGCCUCACCUGAUGCACGCGCACAAGUCCAUCACCACGCUGCAGGGGGAGGACAUCGUGUUCCUGGCGACGGACAUCAACCUGCCCGGCGCCGUGGACUGGGUCAUGAUGCAGUCGUGCUUCAGCCACCACUUCAUGCUGGUUCUGGAGAAGCAGGAGAAGUACGAGGGCCACCAGCAGUUCUUCGCCGUGGUGCUGCUCAUCGGCACCAGGAAGCAGGCGGAGAACUUCGCCUACCGCCUGGAGCUGAACGGGAACCGGCGCCGCCUCACCUGGGAGGCCACGCCCCGCUCCAUCCACGACGGCGUGGCCGCCGCCAUCAUGAACAGCGACUGCCUGGUGUUCGACACGUCCAUCGCUCACCUGUUCGCCGACAACGGCAACCUGGGCAUCAACGUCACCAUCUCCAUGUGCUGAGGACCGGACCGGGCCGGACCCGACCGGGCCGGACCGGACCGGGCCGGACCGGGCCGCCAUGCUCCGCCUGGAGCUCAGGACUCUGCUGUCAGAACCCUGCAGAACCUCAGCAGACACUAAAACUGGAAGAGGAAGGUCCGCUGACCCGUCUGUAACGGUUCUGAGAAAAAAAUAAAAAUGUUUAGAAAAGUUCUCCAGCUGUCCUGUUGGAGACUCUGGUUCUGGUUCUGAUCCACAGAUCAGAACCUUUUCCAGCCCUGCAGUCUGAGACAGAGCUGGGUUAAAGCCAGCAGUCCACGCCUCGGUUCUGUUGGGGAACCGGUCCAGCUGGAGGAUCCGGUUCUCCCGGGUUUGGUUCUUUACAGCCGGCAGAACUCUGGUGAUCCGAACUCUCGUCACGGUUCUUCUCCUUCAGAACCUCCUGGUUCUCCAAGGGGAGGCCCCUCAGAGCAGGGGGCGACACCGGGACCACCAUUAAAUCAGAACCGAAGGGUUCUGGUGGUACCGUUUCCCUUCCUGCUCCAGCCCAGGUCCAAAGAAAAAGUUCCAGGAGAUCCCAGCAUGUGGCACCAGGAACAGGAAGAACGCAUGGGGACGACGGUUCUGAUGGUUCUGUUCUGAUGAUGGACCGGCCCGGUGCCGUCACAUGACCAGGUGUCCUGCGACUGGAGAGCCUGGAUUGGAUCUGUGAGCUGGUGUUUAUGAAAAUAAAAAUGAUUCUGUUGUCGAGCGUUUCUCAUUCACCAGCCGAACCAGAACCGGACUUCUGGACCGGACUUCUGGACCUUCAGGUAAACCCAGACAGAAGGUUGCUGGUUCACAUCCCAGGUGAGGCGUGAUCUGUCCGGCCACAGGAACCUUUUUCUACUGCUGACGUCUUCCUGCGGUGCUGAUCAGAGGACAGGCAGAACCGGGCCCAGGUUACCGCUGACCCGUUUAGAACCACGGAGACGGACCGGAUCAACCCGGACGCUCCUCACCGCUGUAGCAGGACGUGAUCUCAGCCUCGCUCCCUGACCCAAACUGAAGCUCAGGACUCUGAUGAUGUUUAAAUCAGUUUCUGUGAACACAGAAGAAACAUUUUCCCCUUUUGUUUCAAACUUCCUGCUGAGGCUAGCAUAGCAUCAUUAGCAUGCUAGCUAUUAGCUUUACAAUAAAUAAUAAAAGUUUAUGUUCAGGCUGAUGGUCAAAGCACUUUGUUGGACAAACUUUUCACUUUUAUUUCCAUUUUCUGAUCAGCGCACACAGCCGGACCUCAGAACCACUCAGGACCCGCAGAACUCGCCAGAGGAGCGGCCAUUUUCUUCAUUUCACUUAAAUAUAAUCACCAAUAACUUUUAUACAGAAAAUAACUGAUUUCUUGUGUUUCCAUAAGGAAUAUAAGCAUCAUGUGAUCAAACUGGCAUUCAACUAUUCUAUCGGACCAAAGUCAAACAAUUAUUCCUCAUAAAGCAGAAGAAAAUAUGGACUGUUGCCGUUUUUGGGUGUUUCUGUGCUUAGAGUGUAGAGGAGAUAACAUCAGAUGCUAAAUGUUAGCAAUGCUAAUUAUUAAUUUCAUUGCAACGUACGGACAUUCUCUGCAUUGAACCCGUCCCUCAGGCGGCAGCGAGCUGCCACUGGGUGGCGCCGGAGAGCUUUCUGGGGCAAAGAGUCUUGCUCAAGGACCCAGUGUGGCAGUCUGUGGGAUUCAAACCCAGAACCUGGCAGUCUGCUCUCCGUCUAGGCCACCAGAACAGGUUCCCUUAUAAAUGCAGAGAACCCAGAGAGAUGCUAACAGCGUUAGCCUGGGCGCGGUUCCUGGGUCCAAAUACGGACUUCCUGUUGAUUUAGUUUCCUGUUUGUUUAAGCACGCUUCGUUCUGAUUGGCCAGUUUCCCCAAGUCUACAGAAAAACGUGUGAAAAUGUUAUUUUUGGGGGAAAGGUUGCUCUUUCUAGGAUUUUGCAAAUAAAAAGAAUCUGAUGUUUAA